UACAUGCAUUGCCUCAAAGAAUACUACCAAAUGGGCGACGUCCUCUUCUUCGAUCCGUGGCCCCUCGGUCCCCCCUUGAUGGCCAUUUUCAACGUCGAAAUGUUGAAUCAAGUCAUUGACGGAAACUAUCCGAAACAUCCUCUCGUCAAAGAAUUCAUUGCCAAUUUUGGAGGCCCCGCCAAUCUCGUGAGCGAAGAUGGUCCCGUAUGGAAACGUUGGCGCACCGCCUUCAAUCCCGGAUUCUCUUCCUCCCAUCUCAUGACGCAGGUGCCCGCCAUCAUCAAGGAAGCCAAAGUCUUUUGUGAGAUUAUGGCACAGCACGCCGAGAAGAACGAUCUCUUCCGCAUGGAAAUUGCCACCACCAAGCUGACCGUCAAUGUCAUCGGUCGCAUCGUGCUGGAUGUCGACUUGAAUGCUCAACUGGGCUCCAACGUCCUCGUGGAUGCAUUCAACUCACAAGUGCGGUGGCAAGCACGCGGUGCUCAAUUCCAACCGAGCGAACUGUGGGAUAUUCGGCGGCCCAUCAUUCAACGGUACAACAAUUGGAAGAUGGACCGGUACGUCGGAGCUCGGCUUGAUGAACGCUUCGCAGGCAGGCAAAGUCGAGGUCGAUCCAAACAUGUCAUCGACCUCGCCUUGGAGACAUAUCUCAAGGAGAUCAAGGGUGGCGGCGGGAAAGACAGUGGAGACGAUGACAAACAGCAGACGCAACUCGAUCCCGAAUUCAAAGAAGCCGCCAUCAGCAAUGUCAAAACCAUGCUGUUCGCCGGCCAUGAUACCACCAGCUCCACCAUUUGCUACGCCUAUUACUACCUCUCCCAAAACCCUUCCACCCUCGCCAAAAUCCAAGCAGAACACACUGCCGUCUUCGGCCCCGACCCCACCACCGUCGCCGCAUCCAUCAUCCACGACCCUCAUCUCCUCCACAAAUUAGAAUACACCUCCGCCGUCAUCAAAGAAGUCUUACGUCUCGACUCUCCCGCCAGCACGAUUCGUUUGGGCAAAGCUGGUCAUACUUUGUAUCAUCCGGAGACGGGAGAGAAAUUUCCCACGGAACAUUUUAUGCUCUGGCCGGUGAAUGUGGGCUUGCAUCGUAAUCCGAAAUAUUGGCCGGAUCCCGAUCACUUUGACCCGGAGCGGUUUGUGGUGGGAAGUGCGGUUUAUCAUGAGAAUAAUAAAGAGGCGUGGGUUCCUUUUAGUAAAGGGUCGAGGAAUUGCAUCGGUCAAGAACUCGCCAUCAUCGAAACCAAAAUCAUCCUCGCCAUGACACUUCGCACGUUUGAUUUUCGCGCCGCCUACGAUGAGCUCGCUCUCCUCAAGGGAGAUGGUACGGGAUAUCCGAGUGAUGAUUCUGGCGUGCAGACCCAGUUUGGCGAUCGAGCGUAUCAGAUUCAAUUGGGCACGGCGAAACCUGCUGAGGGGAUGCCGUGUCGGUUGAGGUUUUGUUAGUGAGGUAGUGGGAUGGUUCGUAGGGGGCGGGAGGGGGAGUAGUGUAGAGAGAGAGAGAGAGAAGGAGAGAGGUAAGUAGGUAAGUAGGUAAUGAGCUACAUGUGAC